UGCCUGCAGACACUGCGCAAGGAUUGAAGUGUACUCCAGACCUCCGCUGUCAAAUCCUUGGCGCUUUAGAGUAGCCUAGCCUUCUACUUAAUUAAGGGACACUGAUGACGGGGUGUUUUCUUCCCCUUUUACCCAAUUCCUUAUAAUCUCAAAAUCGCACAUAUUUAGAUUUUGAGAGAAUAGGCUGAGCUUAAGGUCCGCUUCCCGUGUAUCUAUGUAUGGCUGAUCGAUUUAUCCACGGAGGAAGAAGUCAUUUGUGUAGUUUAGAUUGAAGUGCUUGGCACUGACAGGCUGACAUCCUUGAUAUAUAAGGUCACCAACUCCGAGCGCAACUGAGAUGCACAACGUUAGCACUGCCAGUAGCCUACCGCCAUUCACAACGCGCAGCGACUUGUUCAGUAAGCUGGUGGAACCCAUACAGUCGUAAACGUGCCAGAUAUGAGUUUCUCCGGGGCAUCACACACUGUUUUAAUAGCCGACAGUAACGGACGCCUCCAAUUAGCCCGAUUUUGUAAUUAAUUUAUGUGUGACUGAUUUUCAAAAUAUAAUCAUCUGCAAGCAUGUCUGGUGUUUACUCCAUCUACAAGCUCUUGAUCGGCUCUCUGUUCCUGCUGCUGGUGCAGUCUGGGAGUUUGAGGGAGUCCUCCAGUCUCCAGCUCUUCCCCGACCACCAGCCCCCGUCCACCCCUAUCACCACCCCCCAUCCUCCUCCUCAUCCUCGGCUGCCGCCCUCACCCCUGACGACCAGGCUGAGCUCCUGCCAGCAGACCGUGACCCCAAGCACGUCCCCGGCUUCCUGGAGAGCUCGCAGGAGUCGGGCUUCUACAGCGAGGACAGCGAGGAGAACAAGCCCUCCCAAAUGUCUGUGCAUCUCUGGGAUAACUCCACCGGCCUGGACUCGGAGUCACUCAUAGGGUACAGCGUUUCUCCUCUCCAUUCCAACUCUUCCUCUCUUCCACCUGUUCCCCCAUCCUCCUCCUCCUCCUCCUCCUCUCCCUCCCUGUCGCUGUCUGAGUCUGUGGACUCUGACCUCUGGGAGAUGGACAGCGAGUCCAGUGGGGUCCUGUCUGAGCCCGCGUACGGCAGCCUGUCCCCGACAGACGCCACGCCGGUGGCCCAGUCCACUGUCAGGGACACCUCAGACGACAGUGGACCGCUGCUGGGACACCGGGGUGAGCAAGCCUGGAGGGGCGGCCCAGGGACAGCUGCUCCUGACGGGGCCUUCUCAGAGGAACAGCAGGGGGCCAUGGUGGAGGAGGAGAGGAGCCUGGGCAGAGAGAGUGACGUGCCAAUCCAGCUGCCCACCAUCGCCGAGAUGGGACCCAUGCCCACAGGGGCCCCUCUGCAGCCGGAGGUUUCGGAGCACCAUGGCACGGGGGAAGAGGUGGUGGGGAAGGAGGAGGAGGAAGGGAAGAGGGCGGAGGAGGAGGAUGAGGAUGAGGAGGAGAGGGGAGAGGAGAUGGAUGGGGAGGACAGGGAGUGGCUGGACAGCAGGGAGCGGACGCUGCACCACACGCCCCUCACCACCGUGCCGUCGUCCUCCGUCGUCCCCGCCGUGGUCUUCACCCAGGUGCCAUGGCAACACCUGGGCCCCGGCGACGCUGACGCCGACGCCGACACCCAAGAGGAGCGCGAGCAGGAGUUGAGGCGUAGCAGCACCGACUACAUGACCGACUCAGACCUCCUCAACCCACAGCUAUCCCAGGAGGCCGUGCAGGUGAUCUGUGUGGAAUGGAGCAAGCUGGCGGGACAGGGCUACGUCAUCCUUAACAUGACAGACAACUUGGACUGCGACGAGUUUCGCAUGGAGAGCGGCGAGCGGCUGCUAGAGAUGCUGGAGACGGCGUUCUCGCGGAAGAUGAACAGCCCACAGGGCUCCUGGCUGAUCUCCCUCAGCAAGCCCACGCGCCAUGACCACGAGCUCCUCAUGACCCUCGCCAGCGAGCAGGGUGUUAUUGCAACUAAGGAUGUGCUCUCCAUGUUGGGAGAAAUUCGCAGAGGGCUGCGAGAGAUUGGCAUCCAGAACUACAGCAGUGCGACCAGCUGCCACGCCCGGCCUAGUCAGACCCGUAGCGACUACGGCAAACUCUUUGUGGUUCUGGUCAUCAUCGGGUCAGUGUGUGUGGUCAUCAUCGCCUCGGGUCUCAUCUACAUCUGCUGGCAGCGCCGUCUCCCCAAGAUGAAAAACAUGUCACGUGGAGAGGAGCUCCAUUUUGUGGAGAACGGCUGCCAUGACAACCCCACUCUGGAUGUAACAAGCGACAGCCAUUCGGAGCUGCAGGAGAAGAAGUCGACUGCCAACGGGGUACCAGUAGGAGGUGGUGGCGGUGGAGGGGGAGGUGGUGGAGGAGUAGGAGGAGGUGGAGGCUGGCAGAUCCUGGUCAACAAACCUGGCAAAGAGGAGGUGGACAACAUGGAGGAGGAUACACACCUCUAACCUGACACUAAGGGGCAGUAGCAGCACCCCCCCUCCAGAUACAUACACACACACACACACACACACACACACACACACACACACACACACACACACACACACACACACACACACACACAGGAAUUCACCACCAACACUUCAACACAGCCCCUGCUACACAGUAACUAAUAAUAAAGAUGCAGUUUGUGUUUUUUGUUGUGAAAAAAUGAAAAUGCCUCUAUAGGCUGCUUACACUAAUGACGUGAUCUGAAGGUUAAUAGUUGAAUGUUGUUCCUCUGUCCCCUGCACACGUUAACACUUUUACGGCGUUUUUAUGCAUUUGUUGAUGAUGUAAAGGGCCCGUACAAAUGCAUGAAAAGGGCUGACACAGAGAAACGAGGAGUGUGCAGUUCUCAGUAGUGUGCUUUUAGAGCUAUAUAACCAUUACACAUCCAGAGAAACGAGGAGUGUGCAGUUCUCAGUAGUAUGCUUUUAGAGCUAUAUAACCAUUACACAUCCAGAGAAACGAGGAGUGUGCAGUUCUCAGUAGUAUGCUUUUAGAGCUAUAUAACCAUUACACAUCCAGAGACAUUUUUCCUUUUUUUUUUCCCAACAAAAAACAUCCAACUGCACUUCUAUGAUCAGUGUGUCACAGCACUUUGAUAGUUUGUAUUUCCGUGAUCCUAAUGCAGUUGCUGUCCUUAGUUUCAUGUGCUUAGAAACUAUCAAGUGUGUUCUCACUCUUUGUUACUCAGUACACACCGGUCAUGGUGGUAUAUUAACCCUGUGUCAUGGGCUGUGCAUAAUAAGGUAUAUCUAAAUCAGUGUUUCUCAAACUUUUUCAGACCAAGGACCACUUAACCAAUAAAAAAAAACUCACGGACCACUAGCUAAAAGAAAGAGUAAACCUACUACAACAGUAUAUUACACAAUAGGCCUCCCACCUUCCUUUUUGUGUCAGAGGAUUCAUAUGAUUUAAACUGGCGUAGCUUACAUAGGCAUGUUGCAGAACUGUUUGGAUUUGCAUACAAGUUGGUUUAACCUUGCAAGAUAUUAUAUUUUAUCAUGUCUGCUCGCGGACCACUUGGGAUAGAUUGCAGACCACCAGUGGUCUCCGGACCACACUUUGAGAAACACUGAUCUAAAUGACGUUGGGAUAUGGCUGGAAACCAGACCCCAAACCCUCUGGCACUUAUUAUUGAAAUUACCCUUGAAUUUAAGUUGAAACAUGGCCUUCUUGGGUUCAAUGACAUUUUAUUCAUUGGCACUGCUGCUGAAAGUGAUUAUUCCUUUCGCUCAAGCUGAAUUGGACAUUGUUUGGCUGCCUUUGAUGCUCACAUCCAAAGUCUUAAUUACUAUGAAUAAUAGUCAUUAUUGUUACGGUUUGUGCAUUAACUAUGCCUUAAUUCCUGGGUCAGGGCUAGAUCAGAUGUGAUGCAGGCAAUUGUUUUAGUGGUACGUAAUGAAAACUAAACUACAUGAAAAUCGGAGCAUUGUCAAGCGUACAGAGUUUCUAACACAUUUCCAGAGACAUAUCAGAAUGUCAGGACUGCACAAUACUCAGCUUAAAUCUAUUGAUUUUUGUAUUAUGUAAUGAUAAAAGUAGCGUAUAUUAUUGGACCUGGCUUUUUGCAUUUUAAUGUGUUGAAUGCUUGAUUGAAUCACACAUGCCUUGCUCCUUAUUAAAUGUUUGAAUGGCUGUAGGUGUGCCACUUGGUUUCAUAUUGUAUUCAAUAUGGAUAUAUUCCAUUGUACUCUUAAGAAGUAACUACAUGCUGCAGAAAAUAAUUUUGGCUAUUACUGCACCAGUGAGCCUGUAAAUAAGAAUCCAGUUGGACUAUGUUCACUUUGUCAUGGCGCUAGAGUGAAAGUCAACCAUAUCAUUACUUAGUUGGGAAUGAGACAUGCAUAACAAAGCACAGCCGUUCUUUAUUAGCUCUUUAAGACUUACUUGUCCUAGCUUACUUAGGAUUUCAAAAAAAUGUGUCCAGUUAUUCUGUCAUUACUUUUUCAAAGAGAGAAUAUAAAUGUGUAUUCAGAAUGAUGUGUAGUGCUGCUGCCCUGUCCAUAAUGGUGAUCACAGAACACAAGACCUGGGUUUUCAAAUGUCUACAGAAUCAUUAUAACUCUUUUAGCCCAUAAUAUGGACUGCCAUUGUUGUAACAUGACAAACCAGGUUGUGACUGUUCGAAUAGCUACAUAGAUAUUUGAAGAUUUAGACCCACAUCAAGAUGAUGUGUUUUUUUUUUGUGAUAUGAUAAUCAGAACUUUCCCACUCUCUUUCCUGAUCUACUUUUCAUUUGUACAUCACCAUCUCUCCAGUAGCUUGCAAAGGGGUGGUCCAUCUGAGACUGGGAAGAUUAUAGUACUGACAUGUUAGGUUUAGGAAGCUCAUGUUGAGAACUGACUGCAAAUUGCACAUUUUAUUUAUCUUUUUUACUUCAACUAUUUUUGAGUUUGUACAAAAUCUUUCAACCAUUUACAUUUGCUUUUAAUGUUUAAGUAUGUAACAUAGAGUCAAAAUUACUCUGAAGGCAUAGACAAUAAAUGUUUGGAGAAACCA